AUAUUUUCAAUUUUGACAUGCGACUGACAUUAUUUGGUACCGCAAUGCAAUGUCAACUGUCAAGUAAAUUUUGAAUCAAUUUUAUAACUGGAUUUCUACACAGAAUAAAUGAUAUUAAAACGAUACGGACAGAACAAUAGCUAAACUAAGUGAUAACAUAGAAAUAUCUAUUCGCUAUUAUGAAUUUUUCCGACAAUGAGGCUGAUGACACAUCAAGCGUCGAAAGCACUUCAAAUACCGACAAUACUUCGCGAAGUGAAACUCCGACAAACUCUAGAGUUAAGAAACGUAGACGCGGGAAAAAGAAAGCUAUCAAACCAGUGAAACCACCUUACAAAUUUAAUUGCAGUGCAAAAGAAGACCAUGGUCAGCCAUUGUUUGGGUGUCAGUUCAACCACCACCUGGGGGAGGGGGAGCCCCAGGUGUUCGCUGUUGUCGGCAGCAACAGGGUUUCUAUAUAUGAAUGUCCUGAAAGUGGAGGCUUCAAGUUUCUCCAGUGUUAUGCUGACCCUGAUGUUGAUGAAACAUUCUACACCUGUGCUUGGUCAUAUGAAGAAGAAACAAAUCUCCCUCUAUUAGCCGUUGCAGGAUCCCGCGGCAUAGUCCGCAUCUUCCAUCCCGCCACGCAGACCUGCAUCAAACAUUACAUAGGGCAUGGCCACGCCAUCAAUGAAGUCAAGUUCCACCCCAGAGAUCCAAACUUACUCCUGUCUGCAAGCAAAGACCACGCUCUACGACUCUGGAACAUUAUGACUGAUGUUUGCAUAGCUAUCUUUGGUGGUGUAGAAGGACACAGAGAUGAAGUAUUGAGUGCUGAUUUCGAUCUCAAAGGGGAGAGGAUCAUGUCCUGUGGGAUGGACCAUUCCCUAAAAUUAUGGAGGCUAGACAAACCGUCUAUGAAUGAAGCUAUCAAACAGAGUUACAAUUUCAACCCUCAUAGAGCGUUGAGGCCUUUCAAUUCACUGAAGGAGCAUUUUCCUGACUUUUCUACACGUGACAUUCACAGGAAUUAUGUGGACUGCGUUAGGUGGAUGGGUGACCUUAUUUUGUCCAAGUCAUGUGAAAAUGCAAUAAUCUGCUGGAAGCCGGGCAGGCUUGAGGAUACGGAGCUGCGGCCCGGCGACAACUCCGUCACCAUUGUGAACCGCCCCGACUACAAAGAGUGCGAGAUUUGGUUCAUAAGGUUUGCUGUGGAUUACAGUCAAAGGGUAAUAGCGCUAGGCAACCAGUGUGGUAAGACGAUGGUGUGGGAACUCGGCAACGUGGCGGGCGGCUCCAAGGCGUCGCAGCUCGUGCACCCGCGCUGCGUCGCCGCCGUCAGACAGGUUACGUUAUCUCGGAACGGUAAAAUACUUUUAACUUGCUGCGACGACGGGACAAUAUGGCGCUGGGACAGAGUCAACGGAAGUAAUUAGAAUUAGUAUUUCUGACAUGGCAUACAGUUAUACUGGAUCUGAUAUUGUAGACCAAAUAAGUCAACAAGAGACGGUCGCCAGAAUUAUGUCGGCCUUAUAAGUCACACUAACUAACUAAUAAAGCUCUGGAUCAACAGCUAAUCUGUCAGUUAUAAUGGCCGCCUAACAACUUGACCUUACCACGUCAUGGGGGAUAAUUUGGUACGUAAUUGUAGUAACAUCAUAAUCCAAAAGACAUCCCCCACGACGCGGUAGUGUAGUCAAGCUGUUUAACCGCUAUUCAACUUAUCCGCCGUCAGUCCGACUUUAUCGUAAGACCGAUUCGUCGGUUAAAGUAAUUACUGUCGGAUACAAAACACACAAUUGAAUGAGAACCUGAAUAUUAAUUGUAUUUUUAUAUUAAGCCUCUAACGGGCGAAAAACUGCAUAGAAUAAGAAACGAUCUGUCUGAAAGCUCAGAAUUAAUUCUGGCUUUACCAAACAAUGUAAGCAUUUUUUAAUCAUCAAGCAAGACUGUUAAUUGGAUCAAAUUUAAUUAAAUAAGUCCUCUUAGCUAAGGUUCAUAAUUUUAAAUAUAGAACCCCCUCCACAA